GAGAAACCGCCACGUCACUCAUCUCCUACCUAAGCAGUACACAUUACAUCUCCCCAUCUCACAAACCCUAAUUUUCAAUCUCACCAUUAAUUCAAUUCACACUCUUUAAUCCAAAAUAAUGCGCUUCUUAUUUAAAAACAACAAAUUGAAUUCUUCUAUAACCCAUUGGUCCACGUCAGGGGGCUUGAGAUGCAUCGUUACGAGCUGCAGAGCCGUGGUGCUGCCCCGGUUCGGGGGUCCGGAGGUGAUGGAGCUCCGGGAUGACGUCAGUGUGCCCAAUUUGAAUCCUAACGAGGUCCUGGUUCGAGCCCGUGCCGUCUCCGUUAAUCCGCUUGAUACUAGGAUGCGAGCUGGCUACGGGCGUUCAAUAUUUCAGCCUUUAUUGCCAAUAAUUUUGGGUCGUGAUGUUAGUGGUGAAGUUGUUGAUGUGGGAGGUUCUGUUAAGUCUUUUCGUGUCGGGCAGGAAGUAUUUGGGGCACUGCAUCCAACUGCUGCGAGGGGCACUUAUGCAGAUUAUGUUAUUCUUUCAGAAGAUCAACUUGUUCCAAAACCACCAUCAAUGUCACAUGUGGAAGCAAGUGCUAUUCCUUUUGCUGCAUUGACUGCAUGGCGUGCUCUUAAAAGUACUGCCAGAAUAACAAAAGGUCAAAGAGUACUGGUGAUAGGUGGAGGUGGAGCUGUAGGUUUUGCUGCAGUUCAGCUUGCUGUGGCUGCAGGCUGUCAUGUGUCAAGUACAUGUGCUGAUGAAAGUAUUGAUCGGCUUUUGGCAGCUGGUGCUGAACAGGCUAUUGACUAUACAUCAGAGGAUGUUGAAGUAUCCUUGCAAGGGCAUUUCGAUGCUGCAUUGGACACAAUCGGUGUGGCAGAGACAGAAAGAGUAGCAAUUAGUCUCUUGAAGCGAGGGGGACACUAUAUGACAUUGCAAGGAGAAACUGCAUCAUUGAGUGAUAGGUAUGGAGUGGCUAUUGGUCUUCCUAUGGCUACGACCAUUUUACUGAAGAAGCAGUUGGAAUAUCAAUUCUCUCAUGGAAUAGCAUAUUGGUGGACAUAUAUGCGAGCUGAUCCUGAAGGUUUACACGAGAUUCACAGACUGACCGAGGCUGGAAAGUUGAAGAUACCUGUAGAGAAAACUCUACCAAUUACUCAGGUGAAAGAAGCCCACGAUGCCAAAGAUCAGAGAAAAAUUAUCGGUAAAGUUGUGCUGGAAGUUGACUGAUCCACAAGACUUUCCCGGACCACAGUUUUUAAUAGUAGAAUCUGCGGAUGGUUUGCCAAUCCAUCGUUUUGUAAAUUCAACGUUUUUGAAGUAUAUUUGUUUCCUCUCGUAGUAGUCCGGCAGCUUUAGAGCCCUCAAGGAAUAAACCAAAGAUUUAACACUUCUGACUAAAUUUGAGAAAGAUGUGAUGUAGUCUGUUUAGAAAUAUAGGUCGCUUUUUUUUUA